GCCACAUUUGCAGACAUGCACAGGAUGGAGGGCUCUGGGGAUCUUGAUAGCAGCCUCUUGACACAGCCUUGGGCUUCAGUUUGCUUUGGCGAGUCCACUUUUAUUGCCAAGGCUUGUUUCAGAGAUACGGGCUACGUCUUGUUGAUCUCUGACCUCAGCAGUGUGUGGUAUGAACAUGCGGACAUUGAUGUCGUUGGGAAAAGGUCCAAGGAGCUGAACAAGCGACUGACAGCUCAUGUGUCCUCUUUCCUGAAUCGCUUGAGCAACCUGAUGUGCCCUUUGCUAGAAGGAAGGAAGAGUGAUGCCACCUCGUUCUCCUGCCAACAGACUUCCAGCAAACUCACCAUCCACUUGAAAAGUGAUCUCUCCGGAUUACCUUUCCACUGGGAUUUCCACUGCCUCGCAGCUGCUAUGGAGAUGAUUUCCUGUCAUCUUUUGCGGCCCCUCAUCAGGAUGAGCCUGGCAUUGCAGUGCCAGCUGCAAGAGCUGGCAUCUCUUCUGGUGCAGAAGGAUGCUGAGAUCGAAGACUACAGGGAGAGUGGAGCUGCUCUUAGCAGAGGACGCCUGAGGACCGAACCCUUCCAAGAGGAGUCGUUCCUGCAGAAAGCAAAUUGA